CGCGAUGCUGCGGGCUCGGAACGCAGGUCUCUCCUUCUGAUGAAAAGAGGAAAGAAGAAUGGACUACAGUCACCAAACUUCCCUCGUCCCAUGUGGAAAAGAUAAAUACAUUUCCAAGAAUGAGCUUCUCCUGCAUCUGAAGACCUACAACCUGUACUAUGAAGGCCAGAAUUUGCAGCUCCGACACCGUGAGGAAGAAGAUGAGUUCAUCGUGGAGGGGCUGCUGAACAUCUCCUGGGGGCUGCGCCGGCCCAUCCGUCUGCAGAUGCAGGAUGACAACGAGCGCAUUCGCCCCCCUCCCUCCUCUUCCUCCUGGCACUCUGGCUGUAACUUGGGGGCUCAGGGGUGAGCUUCCAUGAAACCUGUCACCACAAUUACUGAGUGACAGUCAGAAAUUCCAGAGCCUCUGAGAGGUCUCAUUUCCCUCUUCCUCUCAGACUCCAGGGACCUGAUGCCCGUGCAGGAAGACACCCCGCAGCUGAUGCGCACACGCAGUGACGUUGGGGUGCGUCGCCGCGGCAAUGUGAGGACAACCAGCGACCAGCGGCGAAUCAGACGCCACCGCUUCUCCAUUAAUGGCCAUUUCUACAACCACAAGACAUCGGUGUUCACCCCGGCCUAUGGCUCCGUCACCAACGUCCGAAUCAACAGCACCAUGACCACCCCGCAGGUCCUGAAGCUGCUGCUCAACAAAUUUAAGAUUGAGAAUUCGGCAGAAGAGUUUGCUUUGUACGUGGUCCAUACCAGCGGUGAAAAACAGAAGCUGAAGAACACCGAUUACCCGCUGAUUGCCCGGAUCCUCCAGGGCCCGUGUGAGCAGGUCUCCAAAGUGUUCCUUAUGGAGAAGGAUCAGGUGGAGGAAGUCACCUAUGAUGUGGCCCAGUACAUAAAGUUCGAGAUGCCUGUCCUCAAAAGCUUCAUUCAGAAGCUCCAAGAGGAGGAAGAUCGGGAAGUAAAGAAGCUGAUGCGCAAGUACACCGUGCUCCGGCUAAUGAUUCGGCAGAGGCUGGAGGAGAUAGCCGAGACCCCAGAAACAAUCUGAGCCACAGAAGGAGGGGAUCCAGACACCACAAUGGCCGCUGAUGACACGAGAAGACCCACAGGAAGCUGGGUGCCUUCCUUCCACAGAAGCACUGAAAACCUUCAGCUCCUGACAAGCCACCAUUGGCAGCCUGGAUGGAGAAGCCAGCUGACAGCUCCCCAUCCUUGGAUCUCUGCUCUUCUCCUUUCCUUCAUUCACAAGGACUUUUGAUUUUUGUUAUAAGGAGGACCCAAAAUGUGUAUGUGCGCGCACACACGUCCACACACAUAUGCUAGUACAUGUCCACGUACCUACCUGAUACAGUCACAGGCAAUUCAAUUCCAAGCAACCAGCACAAGUGCCGUGAGGCUGGCGGAGGUGCUGCUCGUGGUCAGGAACAUCAGGGGAGUCACCAAUCUGAGGGGCUUUAUGCUGAAGAAAAAUUUCUCCCCUCAAGUGCCUGGGAGCAGCCACAUAUAUCUGCCCAUCUUUAGAAAGGGAAGAGGCCUCAGCCAGCUCACAGUUGGGGUAUUUACAUUAGUAGGGAUUCUCCCUGUAAGCCCAGAAGGAUCUGUGAAUGUGAGGUCCUUGGAAGUUAACAAAAUAACAGCCCAUGCACUUGGGGCAAGUCUGAUGGGAAGAGAAAGAGAAACCACCAGUGGGGUAGCUGCAAUAAGCCCACAAGUUGUUACACUGGAAACUUGGAUUUUAAAUAACAAAGAUGUAUGUGAUGAACUACGUGGAUGCCUGUAGAGAACGGAUUCUGCCUCCGUCCUUGCCUCCAUGGCCACCUUCCUCUCAGCACGCCAAGCAGCUGACCCCAACUCUGGUGCCUCCUUGAGUUGAAGGAAGGAUCUCAUGAGACAGGCCUCACUCUCGCUGGUUUGCACAUGGCACUGACUGGCUAGUGCGACCCAGGCCUGGGCUUGAUCUGGCCUCCUGAGGGUAGUGUAGAGGUGCCUAUGAGCCCAGCCCAUUUCAUAGCGUCAAGGGGGCUUGCUGCACUUCUGUGUGUUUGAAGUCAAGGCUUUGUUCCUUCCAAGGCUGGAUUCUUGCAAGUUGCCCUUGCUUUGUGAAGACAGACUCCGAGGAUGAGGACUUGUCCUGCUGCCGACCCACUGUGGGGUCCAGGGAAGCUCUUCGGGCUGCCCUGUGAGGGUGCAGAGCGAGCAUGGAACUUCAAUUGCAGCGUCUCUGAGCAGCCACCUCGGUGAUCUUUAGAGCAGACCCCAAUUGGGGGGGGGGGAACGGCAGGGACAGUCUGUUCCCCGUGGCCCCCAUCGGGAAGAUUGCCAGGCAGCUGGACGCCAGUGUGACUGAUGCUGUUUGAUGAGGGGCAGGCAGAUGCUUGGAGAAGGGUGCCUGGCUGUGGAGAUCAACCAAGCAAGGCCAGGAGCUCCUGAGAGCAGGCAUCUGUGAGCCCUGUUGGGGCAGGGACGCUUCCCAUCUCUUCUCCACCUCCUCGCCAAGAAUGGUUUGAAGAGCUGGCCAAUUGAGGAAAGGAGAACCACUGAUCGGUACCUGCAAGGAAGGUGGAGCUUUGUAGCAGUCAGUGCCUUUCCUGCUCCAGGCACCCUCCUGCUCUCUUCCACCGCUGUGGCCUUUGUGGCCUCUUAAGCUGGCUCACAGCUGGUCUUAUUGUUGACUUUCAAAAAGAUGGCAUGCUGCCACCUGGCCCUUUGCCAGGGUCUCUUAGCAAGCCUACCUCCUCUGUUGGGACAGCACCAGGAGCCCAGUGGGGUGUGGACUGGAAAUCCGGAGGGCCUUAGUCUCAAGCAGACACGUCGGUGGGCUUUGCAACAUGCACAGAAUUGGGGAACAGGGGUGGUGGGGAGGCUUCCUGUGUUACCGAUGAGAAAGGGCAGUUUUGUGAAUGCAGACAUACUUCCUGAGUGUUGCAUUAGAGCAAAUGAGUUGGAAAACUUCUCUUCCAGUUAUUUUUAAGUGCUCAAAGCCUUUGUUGGCCCCAAUGAUUCUUCUUGGGUGCCAGGGAGAAGAAUUCCACCAAGCGAAUACUAACCACUAACUUAUUGGACAGCUUUUUCUGGGUUAUAAGAGUUCUCCUUAAUUUGCACUAGCACUACGACAGUGUUAAAUGUGGAAAUGUCGUAAAAUGUCAGGUUUGCCCGGUCGCUUUGGUAAGAUAGACUUGGGGGUCGGGAUGAAUAUGAGGGGAAACGGUUAUUUUCCACGGUGCAUUGCAUUUCAUGCAGGCCACACGUUUCCAUCUUGGCCCAGCCUGGUUAGAGAUCAUUUCUCACGUCCUUAAUAAACAUGAUCAGGAAUUUUGGAAAGGUUCUUUGAAACAGCAGCAGCUGAAACAAAUACUUCUCCACGGCGUGGAGCUGGAUUUUCUCAUCGGUAUCACAUGGCCCUGCAGCUUUGAACUUCUCCACUGAUCUGUGGGGGUUUAUGUAAUUGCGUGCAAUGAACCUGAAAUCGCGUGAAGAACAAAGGCCAAUUUAUAGGGUUUUCCCCUAACUUGUGACAAGCAGUGUAGCCACAAUCGCUUUCUUUUGCCAGAGGCUUGUGUUACAAGGUGAUCAAAUGAAGGAAAACCUGAGUCCAUCUGGCUGGGAAGGGGUUCCUGCUCCCCCAGGUGAUGGUGGAGUCUAGCACAAGGUCACCUCUGUGACCACAUUAGUGGGAAGGUGAUGAGUUAAGUGGGGGCCGGGGUUACCUGGGGGAGGGACUGGAAAGCACAAAGGAUGGGCGUGGCUGUGCGGCUGGUGAGGAAUGUGCACACUGGUCUCCAGGCCGGACAGGCUUGACCUAGACAUUGAGGUGGAGGCGUGAGGAUCUCAGAUUAGCUACCCAUCCACGUGAGAAAUGCUGAGACCUCGGGUUGAGAUUUUGGUCUGAGACUUCAAAGAGAAAUAUUUUUAUUCUAGUCUCCUCCAUACUGGGGGGGAAAAACAACAACCCAUACUCUCUCCUGGAGAUAUCCAGAUAAAGACAUUUUACUACAAGUGUAGAUAACACUUUGGCAUAAAGUGACCAAAAAAAUAAAUAACUGUUCUCCAAUGCAAAAACAUCUUGGCAGGAAUUCUUUUCUGCGGAGUUGGGCGGUUAUCUGAGUGUCUGUAGGGUGGGAUGGGCCACAGAAAGGCAUGGAGCUCUUUUAAAGAAAAGAGCAGCUCUUAACGCCGCCCCCCGCCCCCAAAACCCACCCCCACAGUUAUGUCAAAGCUCUAUAGCAUGGAGAACAUGGUGUCAUAGAUGCAUCUCCAAGACAUAACUUUCUAUAUGAACAAGUGAAUCUCAGUCUCAUACAGACCAAACCAUGAUGUGGGGGCUGAGACAGGAGACGGAGGAGAUCUGGAGCGCCCCUGACGCAGCAGCAUGAACUUUCCAGACUCUGCUUAAAUUGUUUUACACAAAGUCUUGUUUGAAUUAGAUGAGAUGGGAAAGAUGUCCUAUCUAGAUAGAAAUAAAAAUAAAUACAGCACUCCUUUCUGAUGGAACUGAAAGCGUUUACCCCGUCACGGGAGGUUACAGCGCCCCCUGUGUUUUAACUGAGCACAAGACACGGACAAGCUAUGAAGGGAAAGCCUCCAUUUACUUUUGAGUCAGAUCGCAGACCUGUUUCCCGGGCUGUUGGUUUCCGUGUGUUUUUGCUAGUGUUUCCGAAGGGUUUCCCCCACUUGUUUUAGCUUCGUGAAAUGUUCUUUUCUUCAUCAUAACUUGACUUUUAGCAAAGGUACAUGACCUGGUUUAAUGCUUGGUUCUGAACUUAUGAAUCGAUGCGUUUAGGUGUCUUAACAUAAUUUGACAAGGCCUCAUAGGAAGCCGUGUAACGUUUUGAUAUGUUUUAAAGCAUCUGACUUAGAUCUUGUUAAAUAAAGCACUUUUCAAAGAGCA